UGGGGUGGGUAGGAGUUUUAAAUCCGGGCGGGAAGAGAGUGGGAGGAGCUAAAGUGCGCGGCGGUGAGUGCUCAGAUCUUCCCGCUAUUGUGUGCUGGGUUCCACGGGCGGGACCUGGUCCUGCUGCCCAUAGUGGAUACACGUUAUGCCUUGUGCUAUAUUGGAGAGGGAACAAGUGAGAGAGACCUGGGACCGUUAGAGGAGAGCUUCCUCGUCUACCAUUCCAUUACUUGCAACAGCUGGUGAAAGGAUCACCAUGGCUCCCCGAAAGACAGCAACAGCCAAGAGCGGCUCUAAAGGGGCAGCUGCAACCAAGAGUGGCUCCAAGGGCGCCCCCAAAAAGAGAGUGGCAGCCAACGGCUUCAAGCUGCCUGACCCCAUUGCCCCUGGUGUGGUGGUGAAGGAUGUUGCCAAGCAAAACUGGAAGAUAGGCAAGAGCAUUGGUGUGGGUGGCUUUGGUGAGAUCUACCUGGCGUCCAGUAACACGGAGGUUCCGGUGGACAGUGGUGCAGAUUAUGUCAUAAAGGUUGAGCCACACAGCAAUGGCCCACUCUUUGCCGAGAUGCACUGCUACAUGAGGCUGGCCAGGCCCGAACACAUUGAAGGUUGGAUGAAGGAGAAGCGGCUAAAACGUCUCGGGAUGCCCAAGUUUUUUGGUUCUGGUUCCUUUGAGUAUAACAACCACAAGUACAGGUUCAUGGUAAUGGAGCGCUUUGGCAAUGACCUCCAGAAGAUCCUUGAGCACCAUAGCAAGAGAUUAUCCUUCAAGACUGUCUACCAAGUAGGAAUCCAAAUUCUGGAUGUGCUGGAGUACAUCCAUAGCAAAGAGUAUGUGCAUGCAGACAUCAAGGCAUCCAAUCUCCUUGUUGGGCACAAGCCGGGCACGGAAAACCAAGUCUUCCUGGUGGACUUUGGGUUGGCACGCUAUUAUGCCAACGAGGGCUGCCACAAAGAGUACAAGUAUGACCAGCGGAAAGCCCAUGAUGGCACCAUAGAGUUCACCUCUAGGGAUGCUCACAUUGGUGCUCACUCUCGUCGAGGUGAUCUUGAAAUCCUGGGCUACAACAUGACUCAGUGGCUUUGUUCCCGCCUGCCCUGGGAGGACAACCUUCAGGAUUGUAACUAUGUGUUUGCCCAGAAGAGGAAGUGCAUGGAGAACAUCAGUGCUUUUGUCUCACAGUGCUUCCCUGACACUGUUCCUCAAGGUCUGCAAGAAUACCUAGAGUAUGUGGUCAGUCUGGCCUUUGAUGAGAAGCCUGACUACGAGCAUUGCCGCAACAUUCUGAGGGAGGGGCUAAGGGCAAGGGGAUACAGGGAUGAUGGGAAGCUUGUAUUCACCUCAGCCACCCCUGUCCCUCCCUCCCGCAAACCUAAAUCUCGCCAGGGCCGCAAGAAAACAUUCAAGAGGCGUUCAGAGGAGGAGGAAAACCUAGGGGAUGUCACUCCCAAGAAGGUGAUGAGAGCUUCUAACAUCUCCCCGUGCAGGCCAAGAAACAGGUGUGUGGUGAAGGUAGCAAUAGUGAACACAAGGACUUGUCCAAGGACAUCCAUGUUGGGAAUCAGUCUGAGCAAACCAUGCCAGAUGGACUUUUCUUCCGCUGACACCCCAGACGUCAUGAUUGAGAAGGAAAACCAGAGGAUGCGUGCCCGGAAACAAAGUCAGAGACCAAAACGGCUGGCCAUUGUGAAGGACACUUCCUUAGACAACCCAACACCCCAGAUGGUGGAGAUCAUGAACAAGAUUAGGGAAAAGUCUGCCUCUCCGCCUGUCUGUCAAAAACGUCACCGGCACAAUAGUAAUUGUCAUGGGAGCAGGAGUCCUGUAGGUGAAGAAGUUCCCACGCAGUUCACUCCAGCCAUGGAGGAAGUGAUGCGGCGGCGUGCAGAGAGACUCAGCAGCUCAGACAGUGAAACAGAUGGCUACAUCAGCUCCUGUAGUGCUGGCUCCCCACAGAUGUUUGAAAUGUCUGAGUCAGAAGAUUCCAAUGAUGCCACCGUGUAUUACUCCCCCACUGCCACCUCUCCACCCUGUGCACUGCCACCAGGCUCCAUUGCGGCAAAAAAUAAUAAAGACAGGCGCCAGUGGCUGUCAACUGCCUGGAGCUGUGUGGCCAGCAUCUUCUCUUCCUAUGUUGUUUUGAGGCCAAAAUUGGGCUCUAUCUAAGGUUAAAGUCUUUGCAGUUAUUCAAAAUUAGGUACUGCUCUCAAUAAAUUUGAGAAGCAGCAGUUAUUCGAGAUUAGUUACUACUUUUAAUAAAUUUGAAAAGCAUUAAUUGGCAGAAAGGCUUUGUUAUAUAUUUAUUUUCUUAAACAUACACAUUUCAAAUUUUCUUUCUCACAUUUGUUUACUUUCUUUUUCCAGCAAAUUUCUCAUAUGUUUAGUGUUUUGUAAUAUACACCAUGGGUACUUGAGUUGCGUAAAAUGAUGAACUUUUCACUGAAAGUGAGUUCAUCACCCCAUAUAUCAUUGUGAUGUCUGGGAGACAUAAAUCCUCUGCUCAGGUUAAGCUGCUUGCUUUUAUUACUGUUGUCCUGUUUGUUGGUUUGAUUAUUUGCACUUGUAUUGAACCGACCAUAUAUAGAAAUUUAUACAUUAGAGUUUUAGAUAAUACCUCAUUUAGAUUUUUUUUUUAAUGUGUAGACAAGUGACUGUAAGCAGGAUUAUUUACCUCAUUUACAGAUAGUGUUAACCUUUACUGAUCUCUCAGCCAUUGUAUUAAAGUAAAGGCAGCUCCAUCCUUUAUAGUUAAGUUUAGAUGGACCAAGACCCUUGGAUUACAAAGAGUUGGCAGUUUUGUAAUCAUAAUUUUUUCCAAAAAAAUUAUGGCAUGAUAAUUGCCAUUAUACUUUGUCACUGACCAGUAAUCUUGCCUAUAAAGUGUGCUAACAUGGGGAUUCCCUGAACCAUUGAUUUGACCACCUGGCUGGUCAGUGCAUUCCUGUCUUCACUUUAGUGACAAGUUGACAACACAAGUUUUCUUAUUUGUAGACUUUUUUUUAGGGUCACUGCAUCAUAAUUGAACUGAUCAAGCUCUUCUCUAUUGCAUUGGUCUUCUGGUUCAUUAAGACCUUGUUGGUACUUAAGACUGGAGGGAUUACUUCACUGUUUUCAGGUGUUUACAUUUGCAAAUUUAUCUAAACUCUAAAGUAACAAGUGCACAUAACUAGACUAUCUUCGUAGUGUUGUAUAUUAUUGAUUUGUAUUAAUACAGUAAUUAUAUUUUUUGCUCCUGAGUUAUUCAUCAUCAGCCUAUAAUUAAUUGAUUUUACUCUUAAGAGUAAUGUAAAAUGCAGCCAAUAACAAACUGAUUUCAAUUGGUGAAGGGAACACUAAAGGACCUCACUUGGUGUCGCCACGGGAAUUGGCAGACCUGCUUGAGUCAGCCCAGUUGGUGAGAUCCACGACCACUCAGACCUACCCCGGGGUGAGAGUCACACGCAGUGCAUCUAGACAGACUUCCCCAGAACUGUCCCCAGAACUAUUUUAAGGGGAAGAGUGCAUUUGUGUGAGUGUGUUUGUGAAUAGAAAGUGAUAUCUGAACAACUGGAAUGUGAUGGUGCUUGCCAAGGAAAUGGCUUUGUGAAUAGUGUGAAGAACUGAAGCCAACAUACCGAGGUGGGUGACCUGCACAUCCAGGGAGAUUAUGUGAAUUUUGGGUCCUGAAAUUCCCUUGUUGGGCUGUGUGGCAACAUGACAUUUCUUGGUGCUGCUUUAUUUAUUUUUUUUAUUAUUAUAUUUUUUAUUAUGCUCAUGUAGUGACAUCCUUGUGAAGAACAUUUGACCAAGAUUCCUACUAAAUACUAAGAAGUCAGUGGACCAGCCUGCAUGAAGCAUUGACGUACAUAAUGAAAGUGUUCGUUGUUGUAUAUAUUUUCUAAUUUUACCUUCACUUUUGGUUCACUUCAGAAUGUCAACUUGUGGCUGUCAUCAUCAUUCAUCUCAAAUUGUCAUUUCAGUUUUUAAAUUAUUUCAUAUCAUUGUCACUCAUUGUCUUCAUCUGGGGUUCCAUGUGCUGUUAUGAGGAAAGUUUAUAUUUUAUGAAAUAUUUUUGUUUGUAUUAGUGAGCUUUUUCUGGCCUCCACAGUGAGAGCUGUGGUGUGCCCUUUAUUCUUCAACUGUUUUAGAGUGACUGCUGCACCGUGAUGAAGCAACUCUGACCAAGGCUGUGAUGGAUCUAGGAAAGCAGAGCUAUUUUGUAAACUGAGUCUGCUGGCAUUAUGUUUUCAGCUUCUUUGAGGCAUUAUUGGACUUAGGUGAGGUGAACUUGCUGAAUAGGCAAUAUUUUUUUUAAUCUUUCACCAUUGUUUUCUGGGGAGAGUAGUAGGUUGUGCAGACAUUUUUACUUCUUUUUUCCCAAGGACUUUUCCUAAUUCAAGGAAUCAGCUAAAAAUAUUCUUAUUUGUGUGAAUUUAAUUACUGGUUAGAACUUAUUCAGUGGUUGUGUAUUUACUGCAUGUCAAGUCACUUAGUCAACUGAUUUGUGAACUCCAGAUAAUUGUUGACUGCUAAGUAAUGUUAGUAUUAUUACUGUACAUUACUCUUCUCCUUUGACUCCAAGAUCUCAUAAAGUUCAUGUUGUGUUUGCUCAAAGCUGCGGCUCCCAACUCAGUCAUUACUGGUUUUAUUCCAUUGUAUAGUGUACAUUUCAUUAUGAAAAAAAUAAAGUGUUUUAAGUAAAAAAA